UCUUUUUUGAAUUGGCAUCCAGUAAUUAAAAGCUUCUUGCAUCUUUGUGAAGAAUGGCUCCCAAAUCUCUUGCCUUUCUCCUCUUUCUCAAUCUUCUUUUCUUCGCUAUGGUGAGUUCUACCUAUGUGCUAUCCAAUGGGGUUAAAUGUCCCAUAGAUGCCCUAAAGUUAGGUGUAUGUGCCAAAGUGUUGAAUUUGGUGAAUGUUAAGGUUGGAUCACCACCAACAAUCCCAUGUUGUAGCCUCAUUAAGGGUUUGGCCGAUCUAGAAGUCGCUGCUUGCUUUUGCACAGCCCUUAAAGGCAACAUCUUAGGCACCGGCCUCAAUAUUCCGAUCUCCUUAAGCAUAAUCCUCAACAACUGUGGUAGGAACAACUCUGACUUUCGAUGUGCUUGAGCAAAUCUUCAAUAUGUAUCUGUUUCUAGUGUUUUAAUUAACUUUUUGUUUGUCUAUUCAUUCAAAGGUUUUCUUUUUUAUUUAUGUUCAUUGUGUGUUUGGAUUUUGUUUGUCAUUGGUGCUUGCCAAAUGAAUAGAUUGGUCAAUAAAGUUUCUUAAUUGCUCGUUGCGAAGUGUAGUUGCUACUUGGCCUCUUAGUAUUUGUCUAUCACCUGAUGUUGGUGAGCGAAAAUUGUAAUAUUUAUAGUGUGAGCUCUCCUGUGUAAGAAUUGUCUCAUUGUUUUUUGACAAA